GUGCCUAGGAGGUGUUCUUUGUGACUCCUGCACCCACUCCAGCACACCCUGAAUAUCCAACAGCUUCUGUUAAACGUUUCCUGAAAUACUUGCUGCUACCGCCAGCAGCUUACACAGGAGUGAGACCAAACAACACGCACGUGCCAGUGCUGCAGGAGAGGCUGAAGGACAUCCUGCUGUGAUUUAGGGGACAUUUAAGGGCACAGAUUUCACAUAACGAUGCCUUGAGUGGGGGUGGUUUUCCAAGCACGAUGCAGAACCUGUUGCUGUCGGGAAGUCGCAGUAGCACAGAUGCAUCACGCCGGGUGUGUGUGACAGAGCUCGAGGUGGGCGGUAUGUCUGGCUAUGAGAAUGGCUGGAACUCGAAUGCAGGGACAAAUAAUGAAGGAAUUACUCACCUCGAGUUAACAGAGCAGAGCCUCCCAGUACUGAACAACGACAGGCAGAGCUGUGAUGUGUCUGGUGAGAGCGGCUGUAGCUCAGCACCCAGUGCUUCCUGGGGGGAGUUUGAGGGCUUCAGGGAACCGCUGGGCAAAUGGCAGAGACUCCAUCCCAGUCCUGACUUUGUGCUGAAGUCAAAAAAUGCUUCUGAUGGGGGUACAGGCGUGAGCAGAGAACACUGCAGUGCUGCUGACGGUCACUUCUGUUCCGAGCCAUUUCUACACAGUGCGAUACAGGAGGCUUCCAGCUCUGUGGACGAGGCAGACCACUGCUAUGUGAGUAUAUUUAAGUUGGGCUUUCCAGAAGUCUUUGUAUCACAGUCCAGCGAGAGCAUAAGAAGCCUGGAUCAAGUACUUGGUGUGAAUAAUGAAGAUGCUGGGAUUCCCGAACUUACAAAUGAUCAACUUUGCAUCGAUUCUGGAAACAUAUGGAGAACUCUUAGAGACGUAGAUAAUACCCCCAGAUUAAGACAUCCCUGGAGUAAAUCUCAUUGCCAAGAAAACCUCCUGAGUGUUCUUGGAAUAGACACAAAUCGAACGGACUUUCCAGAGAGCCAGGAUGAGGUUACUGAGGAAUCAAAUGCUAAAGAAAACGAGGACUUCAGAUUUGAUGGAUUCAGUAUUAAUAACUGCAAAGCACUGAUCCAGACCAAGCUUUCUGCAUCGCCAGAUUCCAGGCAGGAUCAGCUUUUCACCCAGAACCUCUUUCUGAAAACCUCAUCAUCAAAUGGGAACAUGCGACAUAUAACGAUCCCAAGGAAGAAGCACGUUUUCAGUACAUCCAACCUAAACAUGAGAUUUUUCAGCAGUGAUGUUUGUUGAGCCAAAUGCACUUCUUGUUUUCCUUCUUUUUGAACUGAAUGCAUUUUCUUGCUGGCUUAGAACUGGUGACUGCAGGUGUUGGUUAGGAAAGUGACUGUUACUGUAUAGGAGGUACCCAAAGCCACAUUGAUAGAAGGAAUUUAUCCCAUCUAUUAGUGAAGUCAAAGAGUGUAAUUCUAUCCUGUGAGGUUUUGCUGCUGAUUCAUCUUUCUUACAGUAAAUCCAGCUGCAAUCACACUUUGAAGACCUUUUGAUAGGCUGCUCUUUGGAACUUUUCAGGCCUUAAAAAGCCUCUGAUGAAAAGCCUGGUUUCCCUGCUAAAACCUGAACACAGCUCAAGUGUGUGGUGAAGUGACACCAUCUCUUCCAUUUGGUCCAAUCUGAGUCAGCUGAGAUCUGCUGCUUAGCAUGAUGAAAUGAGCCUUCUGCAACCUGUGGCUUUCAUUGGGGUUUAAGAAGGUAGAGCUGCUGUGUGUGAGAACCUGCUGUGAUAAUACAGGUAGAGUCAAUGGCGUGAUCAGAAUCAGAAUGUUUUGUCCUGGCAUUGGUUUCUUACUGAAAUAAAAAGCAUCUCUAUAGCU